UGCUGAUGCUGGGCAGAUUGCAUUUAUCUCCGCAUCUCUGCUCCGCUCCUUUUAAUGCUGCCACUGGAUGGCUGCGCUUCGCACUUCGACGUGAGAUCAUUCAUUUAAAUCUGAUUUAAAAAAAAAAACAAGCGAACAAACAAACAUGACAGAAAUUAUUACUUCAGAUCCUUUCCCGAUUCCCAACCCGACUAUCGUGGAUCCGACGGCUGUGCAAAACGGACAAUGCGCCGCUGCCCAGGAUCCGAACCUACCCAAGAGAGGGAGUCAGGGCGAUCUUUUCAAUAUGGACCGGGACAAGGAGAUGAAUAUCACAGACACCGUUGAGUCAGGUCAAGGUCUCUUGGAGAGCAGUAUGCGCCUGAAGCCUCAUGAAGCGCAGAGUUACAGGAAGAAAGCUCUAUGGGUGUCCUGGAUCUCCAUAGUGGUGACGAUCAUCCUGGCUGUGGCAGCCUUCACUGUUUCGUUCAUGAGACACAGUGCAUCAGCUUUUGGAUUUGCUUUUGAUGCGACGUUAGAUGUUCUUUCCUCCAUUAUAGUGCUGUGGCGCUAUAGCAACGCUGCAGCUGUGCACUCUGCCCACAGAGAACACUUAGCCUGUGUGAUCCUCGGAGUGAUUUUCAUCUUGUCCUCUUUGUGUAUUUUGGGGAAGGCCAUCCAUGAUCUUGCUACCGAGCUUCUUCCUGAAGUGGAUGACUUCCUGUUUAGUGUUUCCAUUGUCAGUGGCAUCACGUGUGUUAUUCUGGCUGUUGUUAAAUUCAUGCUGGGGAGGGUUUUAACCAGCAGAGUCCUUAUUACUGACGGCUUUAAUUCUUUGGUCGGAGGCAUCAUGGGCUUUUCCAUCCUUAUAAGCGCCGAGGUGUUUAAACAUCACCCAAAUGUUUGGUAUCUGGAUGGAACCAUCGGGGUCCUGAUUGGACUCGUCAUUCUAGCUUAUGGGAUCAAGCUGUUGGUUGACAUGGUACCACGAGUAAGACAAACUCGAAAUUAUGAGCGCUUUGAGUAAUGUUGGGUCAGAGGAAAAAAGCAACAGUUUGGAUCCAUCCAUGCUGCGGCUUCCAUCUCCAUCUCCAUCUGCCCUGCCUCUCUCUCAUCACACCCAAAUACUCCAGGAAUAAUGUCUGCUGGCAGCCAAUUCAGCAUCAUCUACUAGAGUCAUCACACCCACCAGCUUCUGAGAUCCUCUUCACUCGGCACAAGAUCUUAUGGGUGAAGAGGAGAUGAAUCAACAUAUAUAUACAGAGUCGGCGGGACCAUCAGUGUUUGUCCAGAUUCUCUAAACCGGUACUCCUGGAUGGAAGUUCUGGUUUCAAAGGGAGAUCAGCAUUUCUCGUGUCAUUUUACCACGGCCUUGAAAUCACAUUAUAAUUAGUAUUUUGAUUUUAAUUUAUAGAGUAAAUGUUGGUAACUAUAAUGACAAAUCAUAUUAAUUUGCAUCUGAAACCACUUAUAAUGCACCUUUGGUGGUCAAACUAAUAUCUUUCUGUUAAUAGCCAACCUACGUCAUAUCUUUGGAGCUGUUGCCAUGCAGAAUGGGUAUAAAAUACACACUCUGUAAGGUAUGUUUAUAUUUUACUGUAAAAUAUUGUAUAUAACCUUUCAGAGAUCUGCACUUCAAGCGUAAUACUCAUUUUAAUAAAGAAAGCACAUGCACUGGCCAGCAGGUAGACACAAACAUUUGUUCAAGACUUCUCACAGACACAGUUCAGGGUUGUGUGUGCAGAUAGUGGAAGAGAAUAACCAGCCAAAUUUGCUAUGAUGAACCAGUGAUUUACUUGGCAUGCAUUGGUGUGCCAGUUUAAUUUAUUGCAUUUGUCAGAUAUUCCUUAGUGCCAAGUAAUAAACAGCCUGAAGUAUCAUCUGAUGUACCAAUGAAUGAUACAGAAUCUUGAAGACAGAGAAAGAAUGACUGGUGUAUUAUAUUGGGCUUGUGAAGGGGACAGUGCAUUCCAUAAUAUAGAACAAAUCAUUGUGAAUAUGAAGCACAUUUUAGUAUCUCUCUGUUUAACAGUACUAGUUGGAAAUAUAUAAUAAACUUUGUCUUUUAAUUUGUUUAGUCACAGAGAUUGAAGCAUAAACCCAAAUGUUGUCAUAAGCAUUUGUGAUCUACUUGUAAAAAUAGCACAACAGCAAUUGUAAAUUGAAUUUAUAGCUUUAUUUAUUUGAAAUGGAGCCUGUUGGUUACUAAGUGCACAAAUAUAACAUUUUAAUCUAAUGGUUUAGUACAAUAUACAGUUUGUCACUGAUUAUUGUGUCCUGAAAAGUACAGUACAUUUAUUUUUGUUAGAGUUAAACAAAUAUCGACGUGCUGAUGAAAGCAAUUGGGCAUCUGUGGGAAAUGUGUUCUUGCAGCAACACACACACACAAUCAUAUAUGUUGCAGAGAAUGUCAGAAAUAUAUCAGAAAUCAUGUUUGUCCUUUUUUAAAUAACAUUUUGAACUAACUUUUAAACAAACAUUUUUGGCAUAAGUUUCGUCCGUCUCAUAUUUGUGGGACAGCGGUGUAACUGAAUGUAAAUGACUGUGACGAAUUCACAGCUCACCUCCUGCAAACUGAUAUAUCACACCAAUAUAAACCGACAAUCAUGAGCCGAAAAAUAACUGCAGCAAAGCCUCCCAAAGCCUCAUGUUUACUGUUCAAUGUGAUCUCAUCUGAAGAGAGAAACUUUAAAUCAGAAUAAUACUUAUAUUAUAUUUGUUGUGUUUUCAUCAUCAGGACAAGGUUGUUGGUUUUCAUUUAGACUAUUUAUUAUCGGUUUGGUUUUCAGAUGAUACCAUUGCCACAUGUGUGGUUUAAUAUAUUGUUCAUUCUAUUUACAGUAUGUAUCAAUUGACAGCUUGAAUAUUAUUCAAAUUCAGUGUUUCACAAUCCUGUAGAGUGCUGUAUUGACUUAGAUAUGUGUAUGUGUAUAGCUACCAGUGGUAACUGGUAUGUCAAUGUGCCGGAUGCUGUAUUAUGUUUACAUAAUUUGGUAUUAAGUACUACUAAUACUGUAAUAUUCAGAUGUCAGGUCACAACUGCCAGGUAAGGCAGGAUGUUUGUUAUUGCUCAUUUGCAUUAUUCUGAUCCUAUGUUUUAAUAAUGUACUGCUUCGUAAAUAUUUAGGCAUGUGUUACAGUAGGUCCUAAUGUACCAUCAAUUGACAUGUUGGAGAAUGGUGCUAUGGUCAUAGACUUAGUGGCAAUAGUUGCUUUUGCAUUACUAUAAAUAUCAUCAGGGUCACACAAUGAGUAAUAUUGCAACAUUGGCUUAUUUGUUACAAUUGUAAAAAUCACAGAUCUGUCUAGAUUCCAAAGAUGAAACUGUUAGACUACUAAAGCACCAGACCCUGAUUAAGCUGGUUCAGACAUAAAGACAAGUCUGUUCUAACGCUGUACUGUAGUCUUAGCAUUAACGUAAGCAAUACUCACUGCUAUGCUUUGCAUGUAAAGAAAACCCGCACCCAAAAAUGAUACCCAAACAAAUACUGACACAUGAGCACACGCAUGCAUAAGCAAAUGCAGACACAACAAUAUUUCUAAUGUCAAAUCAUGUCUGGCACAUAAACCGAAUGUAAAUAAAUAUUCUGAAUGUACAUUUAUUUCAGUAGUAAUACUGAUAUAUAUAUUUCUGUAGAACAUGUGGAAGAUGAAUAGCUUAACAUUAAAGGUUGUAA